ACUCCAUCUCCUCCUCCGACUUGACUUACGUACUCCUCCUCUUCCUCAUCUUUCUUGUCAUCGCGCCGGCAAGACUGCCUGGACAGAGACUUCAAUUCCUGGGCAUUAAAUACCCCUUGUGUUUCAUCGUAAAUCAUUGAGUUUGCGCGCUAUCUCUGGUCGCUCCGCCGGUACACUUUACAGCUUGCGCUCCUCCACCUAAUCCGCCAUGUUGGUAUCCUUGACUGUCGGGAAGGUCGACGCCGGAGUCGCCGUCCUCUUGACUCAAGACAACAGAUUGAUCGAAUUCCCCUCCGUGCUCCUGCCUAACAACAUCACAUCCGGUAGCAUCGUCGACAUCACCGUCGCGCGCAACCACGCCGCCGAAACUGCCAGCGCAACCGCCUUCCAGACGCUGCAGAAACGCAUCCUCAACACCUACGGCGUCAAGACCCCCACGCCUCCGAUCCUCCGCCUCCGCAACGCAACCCAGACCUCCCUCGUCCUCGAAUGGGAUCCCAUCGACCUGGCCACCGCGUCGCUGAAAUCCCUUUCCCUCUAUCGCAAUGGCUCCAAGGCCGGCUCGAUCCCUCGCCCGCUCGAGACACGUAGCACCAAGAUCAGCGGCCUGGCCAUCCACACCGAGUACACCUUCCACCUGGUGCUGCGCACCACCGCGGGGACCUACCAGUCCGAGAAGCUCGUCUGCCGCACCCACAAGAUGACCGAUCUGUCCGGCAUCACGGUCACGGCGGGCGUGCUGCACCCGCAGCAGAAGGAUGCGCUCGCGGCCGCGCUCGACCGCAUCGGCGGGAAGCUGAUCGACACCGUCCGCAUCGAUACCACGCAUUUUGUCUGCACGGAGGGCCGCGGCCCCCUCUGGGAGAAGGCGGUCGAGAUGAACAUUCCCGUGGUCGUGCCCGAGUGGGUCGAUGCCUGUGAGGCCGAAGGCACCAUCGUCAGCGUCCGCGGCUACUAUCUGAAUGCGGAUCCCAAGGCCCGUCAGCUGGGGCCCAUUCAUGGCUCCACGCAGCAUCAGCGCACGACAUCGACCGCGACGUCGCUCCUGACCGCCGCCACGGGUCAGCCUCAGAUCAGCCAGAACCCAAACCCAACCCCGAGCCCGAACCAAACCCAGGACCAGGACCAGAAUCCGAUCCAGAACCAGUCGCCAUCACCUUCGCCAUCGAACCUGGCCCCCUCGGGAGCCCUGCAGGUACAGCAGCAGCUCGAGGACCCACCGCUUACCCCAUUCCCCGGAGCCGAAAUGACAGGUCAACCGACAGCGGAAGAGAGGGAGGUCUCGUCCGACGAAGGUCGACUGUCCCCACCACCGCCGGUACCCCCCAAAGACGACGAGGAAGAAGCGAGGGAGGACGAGCACGCGGAGGACGAGCGACCCGUUCAAGAGGAGCACGAUACGGCGGAGGUAGCAACGUCCGCGGACGCCAAAGCCAGCGAUAGCGAUCAUGACGAACAGACAAGCACAGCAGAUGACCAAUCCGACCACCACAUAGAGGAGAACAAGGGCAAACCAUCAGGAGACGAUAAGGAUAAGGAGCGCCAUUCCAAGGAAGGUGAAGGUGAUUUCAAUGAAGUUCCACUAUAGUGUUGUCGCUGCUGCUGUUCAUUAAGCCAUACUUCCGGCUAUUUCUUUUCUUUUGUUAUUUUCAUCUUUUUUCAUCUUCUACUUUUUACCCAUUACUGCGACGAUCUUCAAAUGGACCUUAUUUAGUAGCGCCUAUGAAUGUAUAGCCGAUAGAGGAAAAGAAUAAUCAGUCAACCGGCUCUAGAUUCCCGAAGCCAUGCUCCAUUACCAUGAGCGUUUCUAUCUUGCCGAAUGCAUGGUAUUAUCCCACCGGUUGUAGUUGUGUUUGUUUG